UAAUGAUGGACAGACCAUAUCUCCCCCAAGGAAGAGGAAAGAGAAAGCUAAUCCAUGUUCAGGGUGUGAGGGGAAAGCGGUUGAAGGUAAACAGCUGUGCCUACUCUGUAUCCAGAAGUUGGCCGCUGCUACCUCACCCACACCUGUCCAAUAG